AAAAACAAAAAACACAUGCUUGUUUUGUUUUUGCAAUUUUAUUUUGAAACGAAAAAACCAAAGAACGAACCAUACAUGGAUUAUUCACUGUCCAUGACAUUUCACAAAUACCCAAGAACAGACAACUACGCAUAUUGAGAAACGGCCAAGAGCGAAACAAGGGUGCAAGUGCGAGUAUUCGGACAGGGCCAGUAUCUGAUGGGAAAACGUAACACCUGUUUUAAAGUUUUAACUUCUGAAAUCUAGUGGUGCGGAAAUCUGUCAAAGACCCACCGAAUUUUAACAUUGCUUAACCUCACUUCUCAAGCCACCAGAUAAAGAUGUUGCUGAUAUAAUCCAGUUAGGGGAAAAAAUACCACUACCUCUAGCGGACAGUGUCAGAAUAGCUGCCACCUUUCUUUGAAUCAGUCAGCGGUAAUUGGUGAACCUCUGAGAAAGCUUCCAGUUCUUUCACAAAAUGCUGGAAAUAUCUAUUCUGAAGGUUGAGAAUCCAUCUUGCCUCUGGGGUCGGGUUGUUUGCGGUGUAGAUGGGAGUGUGGAGACCACAGAACAUUACACGAUUCUCCAGGCUCAGAUGAACCUUUUCUACCACGAUGUCACUCAAAAUCUACAUCAACUGAAACCCACUUCAUUAGAGGAAGGACAGGUGUAUGUGGUAUACUGGGCUGCCAAGAAGUCAUGGUGUCGUGCUGUAGUGCGGUCCGUCAUCACCGACCCAACAUGCUGUCGAGCCUUUUGCUUCCUGGUUGACCACGGAGAAAUGAUUGUGGUCUCCUUAGACAAAAUACGAGUGCCAUUACAGAAGUUCCUCCAGCUUCCUUUUUGGGUGAGGAGGUUCCAUCUGGCACGAAUCCAACCAAUAACCCUUCGAGUAUCUAUUCUUGCAGAAAAAGUAGAACUUGAACCAUCUAAACAGUGGGACUUUUCGGCUACUCUUUACCUGCACAACUUGCUUCGAGCAUCCACCCAAACAGAAGCUGUGUUGCAUGAGUUGGAGUCGGACUCUACCUCCAUUGAGCUUUAUCUUACCAUCAGCAACAUCAAGAUCUGCGUGAAUGAUGACCUGGUGGCCAAUAGGUUUGCAUGUUACAGCAGCAGUGGCCUGGACGCCUGCGACAGGUUUCCUCUCAUGUUGUCCCCCAGCAUCCUAACUCAGACUGCUUCCAAAUGCUCUGACAAGCAGUUGGAGCAAAACCUGCAUUUGCCCAGUGAGCAUGGAGGCUCAUCACAGAGUCCUGGUACUUCAGAGGCAAGCGACUGGCUGACAACUCCCUCGCUACCUCAGAGUCAAAUCCCUGAGGAAGGCAGCAGAUCAGAGAAUACUAAAGAACCAAUGUUCUUUAACAACCAAACCAAGCACGGCCCAAAAGCUUCAGGGGCAGAGAGGUAAGUAAUUUGUGCAGGUUAAAGUUGAACAGGCGCAGCCGAGGUGUUGAGGGGAUCCGUUUUGGUGGCCUUAGGAUUGCCUCUCUGCUUUUUGCGGAUGAUGUGGUCCUAUUGGCUUCAUCAAGCCGUGAUCUGCAGCUCUCACUGGAGCGGUUUGCAGCCGAUUGUGAAGCGGCUGGGAUGAGGAUCAGUCCCUCCAAAUCCGAGGCCCUGGUCUUGAGCCGGAAAAGGGUAGAGUGCCUUCUCUGGAUCAAGAGGGGUGUCCUGCUCCAAGUGGAGGAGUUUAAGUAUCUGGGGUUCUUGUUCACGAAUGAGGGAAGAAAGGAGUGGGAGAUCGACAGGUGGAUUGGCACAGCGUCUGCCGUGAAGUGGGUGCUGUACCGGUCCGUCGUGGUGAAGAGAGAGCUGAGUCAAAAAGCGAAGCUCUCGAUUUACCGGUCGAUCUACGUUCCCACCCU